AUGAGGUGUAGUUUUCUCUCUUUGUUAUUUCUUGCAAACAUUGUAUCAUCCAUGCACUUUUACAUGAAGCCGGGUGAAACGAAGUGCUUUUAUGAGAAUCUAACACAAGGACAUCUACUCAUAGGGGACUUCGACGCAUUUGUACUGAGAGAUGCCAAAUACGAGGAGGACUUCGGAAUCAAAUUAACUAUUACGGUUGACGAGACAUUUGACAACGAUCAUAGGGUGCUCAUCCAGAAAAACUCACACACUGGGGAUUUCACCUUCACAGCAUUAGAGACAGGUGAACAUAGAAUUUGCAUAAAACCAACAUACUCAACUAUGGACGCUAAACUGCGAAUUUUCAUGGAACUGGAUAUAAGCAACAUGCUCUCACUUGAUAGCAAGAGAACAAUACAGGUUCGAUCUCUGAAAGAGCGGGUACUUCAGCUUACCGAAAGAUUAGAAAGAAUUAGAACUCAGCAAAAGGAAAUUCUACAAAAAGAAGCGGUAUUCAGAGAUCAAAGUGAAUCUGCCAACAGAAAAAUUCUCCUUUGGUCUUUAGUUCAAGUAUUGGUGCUAAUAAGCACAUGCACUUUUCAGCUACGCUAUCUGAAGAAUUUCUUCAUCAAACAAAAAGUCGUCUAG